UUCGCCGUUCGCAGCUUGUGAUUGUCGUAGGCGUGUUUGAAGCUGGUCACACCUCAGUGACUAGGGGGUUGAAUGUGUUUGUGCAUAGCAUUCAAUUAUCAAUUGAACAUAAUGCGCACCGCAUGAGCAGGGACUUCUUGCGUCUAUGCCUACCUCAAUAGUUUGAUCAUGGACACCCUGCCUCGAGAGCUUUUUGAUGCAGUCUUGCAGCAGCUUGCCGACUACAGUUUCCCUGAAAGCGCACGGUUUCCCGUGCUUGAUGAUACGUCGCGACAAGCAAUUCUGACUGCACGAUUAGUUGGCCACUGCUUUUGCAGUUCAAAGAAGCUCAAUGACCUCUUCAUCAUGGUGCUGGAGGAGACGCCGUUCAUGUGGUGUCGCGAUCAACAACCGAAACUGGUAGAGGUGUCGCGAUCGAGGCUGGCCAGUCAAAUGACAACAUUGUCACUCUGUGGCAUGAACCUGGACCCGUGGCAUCAUGGGGAUGGUUUGAAUCUGCUGUCACGCUCACGAAUAGCAGCCAUCUUUCCGAAGACUCUCACAAAUGUGCUACGGAGAUUUGUCUCCGUCAAGCACUUUCGAUACUAUCCGGUAUCGCCGAAAUCGUUUCGCGAACCCUGGCCGGGUUGCAAAUCCGUACUCGAUGCUGGCCCUAGAGCGCAAUGGGGCUAUCCUCCCGACGAUGAUUUGACUCACUCCUGGCUGAGUCAACAACAUAGCCCAUCUUGGAUUUGCGGCGAAACGGUGGCCAAUAUUGAGGACGCAGGCCUAGCUUUGGAGAGCAUUACAUUUCCUCUUUUUGGUAACAGAGCGUCAUAUUGCGGUAUUCAAGCAGCCUACUUCCCUUCAGCAUUGAAGCGCCUCACAAUCUCGUUGACGGAUCGUUUCAACGAGGUUGCCGUGUUUGAGCCAUGGCUGGACGCCCUUAGGAAUCUCACGUUCCUUGAAGUGGCGAUCUCGAGGAACCCCGAAAGCUUACAGCCUUGGAACUCUUUCGCUAUUUGUCGGCAUUUGACUAACAAGACAAUUAUUACUCCUCGUCAGCAGCUUCCACGGUUGGUUGAGCUACGAAUUAUGGCAGACAAUCAAAUCUGCUUUAGCGAACGGGAUUUACUUCUAGGCUUGAGCUUGUUUCCCAAUAUGCAAAAGCUUGGACUUGCGCAUAUCUUGAUCAAGUCGCAGUUCAAUGACGCGUCUUCGUGGGAGGGCUUUGUCAAGCAGUUGAUCCCGAUGAACUUGAGGCGGUUGUGGCUGCUGGAUCCACGCAAUCUCUGCAUCAAUGAUUACAUGGGUCCUGGUGGGCACUACAAAAUGGUGAAGUACAGAGCCAAUGAUAGUUUUAGGGCUGUGGCGAAUGAGGUCCGACUGAUCGACACCAACUCGAUAUGGGUGGAGGGCUUGGAGCCACCAAAGAGACGGAACUUUGAUUAUCCUGGAUUUGCCAUCUUUGAACAGACUUCUGGAGAAAGGCCUCUGUAGAAUAGAGCUGCAAAAAUGCCAUUUCGGGUACUUUCAGUAUGAGACUGUGUUCGGGCCCUGCUUUGCCCGGAU